CUUCGGCUAUUGGGUUAGUUAGUUCUCACUCUUACUGAGGACUAAUGACGUGAUAUAUUGGAGAAUGGACGUGUCCCUGACAUUGUUUCGAGAAAAAAAGGGUACCACUGUAAGGGAUUAUAAGGACGUCUUCCGAAAGUGACUAUAUUUCUUUCAUCACACAGGAAAAUACAUAAGAGAAAUAUUUCUUCAUGGCUGACCUCUUCAAAACACGAGUCAUGGCUGGGAAGUUUAGGUUGCUGAUUCUUCUUACACUGUUCAUCAUUGUCAUCCUGGCGCGGUGGAUAGGAAACAAAGCAUUCACUAAACAUGAAAUGCGUUAUGACCCUGUCACAGUGAUGACAAAUGAGAACCCAUCAAGUCGUUCUUUCUUCGAGAACGUUAAGUCAGUGGUUAGCCCUGUCGUCCAGACACGCCCAGUCGUGAGCUCCUUGGCCUGGCAGGCCAUGUCAGUCGAUAGGCCCGGUGGUGUCUCUCUGAAUCAGACACAGGACGUUGUGCUGUGGAGGAGCAUAAGGAAAGGAGAAAUCCCAAUAUACCGGGUUCCCGUUUUCACCUACACUCCCAAAGGGAAUCUCGUAGCCAUAGCAGAAGGGAGACGAAUAUCAUCAAAAGACUUUAAUCCAAAGAUCUUUGAAGUGAGAAGAUCAACAGAUGAAGGUGAAACAUGGUCAUACCCACAGCGGAUAGUGGACGACGGAAAGUCACCUAUCAAGAGAAGCUCCUACAUAGGAACUAUUUUCGUUGACGACACAACAGCAACCAUCUUCCUGAUGUACGUGUUUUGUGAGUUCUGCCCUACGAGAUCACUGAUGCUGAUGAACAGUACGGAUGACGGCAUCACGUGGGGCCGGCCGAGAAAUAUUACCGACCAAGUAGGGAAGGAGUACGCUACACAUCCAAGCCCAGGAAACGGCAUUCAAAAAAAGCAGGAGCCAGCAAAGGGGCGAUUGGUUGUGUGCGGGCAUGGUUUCUACAAUGGGAAAGGCUUGGUGCUACUGCUCAGUGAUGACCAUGGCGUGACGUGGAGACGAGGAGCCUUUGUACGGAGUCAGCCAUUCAAAAUGCGCUUGAAAAAAGGAGCCUUUGAUCCCGAUGAAUGUCAGCCGGUAGAGUUGCCCGAUGGCUCCAUAUAUAUUGUCGUAAGGAAUGAAAAGACGUACAAGAAGUACCACUGCAAGAUGAUCAUGCGGAGCUUCGAUGGGGGAGAAACGCUGCCACAAAAUUACACGUACUUGGACCAGGCACUCAUCGAACCGAGAAUCACAUCGGGGCUGUGGUACCAUGAUGAAACCAUGUUCUACUCAGGGCCAAAACAUGACACAAAUCGUCGGAAUUUAUACAUCAGAUGGAGUUACGACCACGGGAAGACGUGGACCUCCGAGAAACGGAUUUGGGAGGAGCCGGCAUCAUACUCCACACUCAUGAUGCUCCCGCACGACAAACGCCAUCUCUACAUACUGUAUGAAAGAGGCCAUAAAACCGAAAUUGAUGAAAUCGCGCUUACCAAACUGAAAAUAUCAUCCGAGAACGAUCGUAAUGAAUAGAAAAGUUCGUAUGAAAUGUGUCACUGGAACAAUCUUACCAAGGCAGAUAGUUCUUUAAGUCUUCC